AACGGUCACGACCAACACCAACGCCGAACAUCACCAUUUUUCUCUGCGAACAAAAUUUGAAAAAAAAAAAAAACAGAGAGAGAGAGAGAGAGAAAUGAGGAAUCUUUGUCAGAAUUGGGAUGUUAGAGGCGCGAUUGGAGUUAAUGUGGGGAAACCUAGUUGGGAAGUUUUGUUCCCCCGUAGGUUGUGGUUGCCGACGUGGACAGGCGAGAGGAAAGAGGGGAAGUUGAAGGUGCAGUGCGGUGGUGGGAGAGGGAGAGAGGGGUGCCUCCAAUCUGCGGCCAAAAGCGCUUUUGCCUUUGGCGUUUCCGCCGCGGUUUUGCUUGCCGUCUUCCGCCACUCGCCGGCGGCGCUCGCUGAGUCCCUCACUGUUGCUUUUCCCGUUUCGCGAGCACCUGAGGUAAAUGCAGUUCAAAGAACUCUUGUGGAAGCAUGGGGUCUAAUUCGAGAAACAUUUGUUGAUCCUACAUUUAAUCAUCAAGAUUGGGAUUUGAAGUUACAGCAAACCAUGGUGGAAAUGUUUCCCCUGAACUCAGAAGAUGCAGCAUACACAAAAAUCCGUGGAAUGCUUUCCACCCUUGGAGAUCCUUUCACUCGAAUUAUCAGCCCAAAGGAAUACCAAGGGUUUAGAAUUGGAAGUGAUGGGAACUUACAAGGAGUGGGCCUCUUCAUAAAUGUUGAACCAAGAACGGGACAUUUGGUUGUCUUGUCAUGCGUAGAUGGCAGUCCAGCUGCGCGUGCUGGUAUUCAUCAAGGAGAUGAAUUGAUAGAGAUAAAUGGUGAGAAGCUUGAUGGCAUUGAUAGUGAAACUGCAGCACAAAGGCUUAGAGGGAAUGCUGGAACAACUGUUACAGUAAAGGUCAAAGACUCAGGGACAGGCUCUUGUAUCCGAGAGGUCAAAAUUCCUAGGGAGUAUAUCAAGCUCUCUCCGAUAUCAAGUGCCAUCAUCCCUCAUAGAUCCCCAGAUGGUCAUCUCACAAAAACUGGCUAUGUGAAAUUGUCAGCCUUCUCUCAGACUGCUGCUGAAGACAUGAAGAAUGCCAUUCACGAAUUGGAAAAGCAAGGAGUAGACUCAUACAUACUAGAUCUACGGAACAAUCCUGGUGGUUUAGUAAAAGCUGGUCUUGAUGUUGCACAGAUGUGGCUAGAUGGAGAUGAGACUCUAGUGAAUACAAUUGAUAGAAACGGGAACAUGUUACCCAUUAAUAUGGUCGAUGGACAUGCAAUAACACAUGAUCCACUUGUGGUGAUUGUCAACGAGGGAAGCGCAAGUGCCAGCGAGAUUUUAGCCGGGGCAUUACAUGAUAAUGGUCGAGCAAUUCUUGUGGGGCACAAAACAUUUGGUAAAGGAAAGAUUCAGAGUGUCACUGAGCUUCAUGACGGGUCAGCCCUCUUUGUGACAGUGGCAAAAUAUCUAUCACCAGCCCUUCAUGACAUAGACCAGGUUGGUAUAACACCAGAUGUGCAGUGCACAACAGAAAUGCUGAAUUCAGCCAAGGAGCUUUCAUCCAAAGACAAGGCCUCAGUCUCAUCUCUGGAAGCAGAUUCAUGCAUAAUGGUGGCAGAACAUGAGUUGGAUAUGGAAGAGUCCAAGGGAACUGCUUCUUGAACAUUACAUUUCCUUUUGUCACACUUUCUUUUCAAUGUUUAACAGUUGAGAGAAAGGGUAGCUGAGUGCUGCUGUGUCAGCCAAUUCAUCAAUUUGUACAAUGGUAUACAAAAUAGAGAAACAGAUUGUAUAUACAAUUCAAUAGAAUGAUAGAAAAUCUACACACUAGUUGAAGCAUAACUGGCAAGUGUCUCAUACCUUAUAAGGGUUUGUAUAUAUGUGUGAAAAUAUUCAAAA